AACCCGGAAGAACGGGUUAGGGUUGUUCCGUGCUGAUGCGCCCUCCUCACCGGCCAGGGGCGCUACAGCUCCUCCCAGCAGCAGAAGAAGAGCCGUCCGCGUGACCCCUGAGAUGCAAAGAGCCGGUCCAUGGGUGUAAGUCGACUGGAUGUGUUCUACAGACAGCUUCUCCUCACCAAACUCUUCAUUGGGGGAUGGGGGAAGCCCGAAGAUCUCAAAAGAAUCUUUGAGUUUCGAAAGAUCAUUGGAGACCGAGAGAAAUGCAAGACUCUGGUUCCUGAGGACUACCCAGUUUACAUAAACAAGACCGAGGAACUGGCUGACUGUCACAUCCAUGAUGGCUUCUUCUUCUCCCCUCUGGAGCACUUGGUUCCGGGAAUUCUUCCACCAGAGGCGGUCAAAGCCAGGUUCCAGUUCAUUGUUCCUAAGAGGUGGCAGAAGAAUCGACCAGUGUGCAUCCAGUUAGCAGGAACAGGAGACCACUUUUUUUGGCGGCGUCGGACCCUUAUGGCCAGGCCCAUGGUCAAAGAGGCAGGGAUGGGUUCACUGCUUCUGGAGAAUCCUUAUUAUGGCUAUCGGAAACCCAAAGACCAGCUGCGCUCCUGUCUGAAGAACGUGUCAGACCUGUUUGUGAUGGGAGGAGCGUUGAUCUUGGAGUCGACCGUGCUCCUCCGCUGGCUGGAGAGGGAGGGAUACUGGCCUCUGGGAAUGACUGGGAUCUCCAUGGGAGGAUAUAUGGCUUCCUUGGCGGUGACCAACUGGCCCAAGCCCAUCCCUCUGAUCCCCUGCCUGUCCUGGUCCACUGCCUCCAGCGUCUUCACCACGGGCGUGCUGAGUAAAGCGGUGAACUGGAGACAGCUGGAGAAGCAGUAUGCUGUUAAUUCAGUGUACGAAGAGGAGAUCAUAAACCUGCUGGAGUACUGUGGGGCGGAUUCAUUUAAAAUGAGGAACCUGCCCCCACUGGAAGAUCUGCUGAACCUCUCUGAGGAGUUAGGAGUGUCAGCAGGCCAAGAUCCUAAAGAACCGAUCCAGUCUCAGUUCGGUGGAAGUUCUGAAGGGGGUCGGACCGACGUCUUCGUAUCAUCAGCUGGUGAUGGACCAAACAGAGACACCCUGCUGAGAAGCUUCAGUCUCCACAGACCCAGGAUGAAGAGCAGCCCGGCCCGGUGCUACAGACCGACUCUUCACUUAGAAUCAAUCAGCUUCAUGAAGGGAGUGAUGGACGAGUGCACCCACAUGGCCAACUUCUCAGUCCCUGUAGACACCGGUCUUAUAAUCGUGGUCCAGGCCAAGGAGGACGCCUACGUUCCUCGUACUGGGGUCCUCAGUCUGCAGGAGAUCUGGCCCGGAUGUGAGGUCCGAUACCUGAGUGGAGGACACAUCAGUGCGUACCUGUUCAAACAGAACUUCUUCAGGCAGGCCAUCUACGACGCGUUUAACAGGUUCAGCCUAAAGUAUCCAAAUCUGCACUGAUCCAGGAGAGCAGAACCUUGUCCCAGAACAAGCGGACCGGACCGGACCGAGGAGAAAGUGCUGUGAGCCUCAACAUGGGUCUGAGCAGAGCAGGGGCUUAGUGAGGUAUUCCCAACAAAGAGCCUGGUCUCGUCUCGGUACCCGGACCUGGAGAACACCGGUCCCGUUCUCAGCUGGUGUGAGGCUCAUACUUCCAUGUCCUAGUUUUUUUCCUGACAUCAGAAUCUUCUGAAUUCCAGAACCAGAUGUGAUCAGCGCUGAACGAAGGUUCUGAUGAAGAGUAAAUUAUUGACGAUGACCUUUGAUUAUUAUGAAAUCCUGUUUGAGCUCAUUAAUAAAGUGGUAUUUUAAAGAGAA